CCCUUACCAAGUUACCAAGUCACAGUGAGCUCCAAGCAUCCAGAGAGUAACAACCGAACACAGUGUCAAAAUUGUGCUUGUGUGCGUGACAUAGAAAUUAGAAAAGGAGAGAUGGCGACGACGGACUGGGGCCCAAUCAUCGUGGCGGUGGUGCUGUUCAUCCUGCUGUCGCCGGGGUUCCUGUUCCAGCUGCCGGCGAGGGUGAGGGUGGUGGAGUUCGGCAACAUGGGCACUAGCGGCUUCUCCAUCCUCGUCCACGCCAUCCUCUACUUCUGCUUGCUCACCAUCGCGGUUGUGGCCAUCGGAGUGCAUGUGUAUGCCUCCAAACCCGGUCCAGUAGGGUAACUAUGUGCCUACUCUCCGGUCAUUCAUGGGGUGCUUUUUUGUUUGAACAGGGGCAGGGGCUCCAAGGCCCCAGAAGCUGCCAAUCAUGGGGUGCUGUGUUGGUGUUGGAUUCCUUUGAUUUGUUUGCCUGUCUUUCUAUCUUUUAGACACAGAACUAAGUGAGAAAUGGAAAUUAUGUAUGUGUAAAUCGUGUGUUUAUAAAGAUGACAUGCAUGAUGCA